ACCUGGCUGCGGUCUGGUGGGAACAUAUGCUACCUGUCAAUAUUAGGGUGAUGUGAAUGUAAUUCGGGUGAGGUCAAGUAUGAUAUAUGUUGGUGUCUAGCAUCACAUCAUAGCGCCGGAGGGAACAAUUUUAUUGGGUACACGAUGUUUAAGAAUUUAAGGAAGAAAAUAGCUGAAGAGGUUGGGCAGCCAGCUGCGCGGUUGCCUGUACAACAAUUAUCGCAGUUGAUUUCAGGGGACAACCGAGAUGGUGCAGGCCUGGACAGCAGCGCCUUCACCCUAGAUGAUGAUGCCGAGUCCCUGGCGGCCGAGCCGCGGGGCGCAGCGGCCUCGCUGACGGCGGCCACCACGGCCGGCGCUCGCCUCCGGCAGAACUCGACCGCCUCGUCAACGGUCAGCGAAUCGCCGUAUCAUCCGGCCGCUCGCCGGGCUGCACCCCACAUGGAGCUCGAGUCGGGCAGCGAGGUCAGCUCGCUGGUCGGCCUCGGCGCCGUCUCCAAGGAGCAGAUGUUGCAGAGCUACCAGCGCAUGCGCGCCAAGUACAACAAGUACCGCGGUCGCUACACCGACCUGGCACGCGCCUUCCACGCGCUGGAGAACGACAAUGAGAAGCUGCGGGCCACGCAGCGCGAGACGGAGGAGCGCGCGCAGCGGCGCGCCGCUGAGCUGCGUGAACAGUGCGCCCUGGAGCAGCAGGCCAAGGCGCACCUGGAGGAGGCGCUGCGCACCGACCUCGAGGAGCGCGACGAGCUGGUCAAGCUGCUCAAUAUGAAGGUGCAGCUGCUGAAGGAGGGUCGGACGGAAGAGGAGCCGGCUCCGUCCCAGAAUGGCUCCGACCAGGCCCCGACCCCGGCCUCUCCACCAGCCCCGUCCGCAGAGGCCGACCAGCUCAGAGACAAGGUCAAGCAUUUGGAGGAGCUGCUGACGAAGUGCAGGGAGAACAUCAAGCUCAACAAGUCGCGCACGGCCACCCUGGUGGCGGAGAAGACGCAGCUGCAGACGCUGCUGACGGAGGAGAAGCGCCAGCUGGACGCGACCCAGGAGGCGCACAAGAGCGAGUUGGAGCGGCUGGAGGCGAUCGUGGGGGAGCUGCGCCGCACCAUGGCCUCCACGCAGCACCAGGCGCAGGAGAACGCCAUGAGCACCGCCGAGCAGAAGGCCCAGAUGCACCAGGAGCUCGAGCAGAAGGAGACCCAGGUUAAACGCCUACAGGACGAGACAGAAUCCAAACGAAAGUCGCUGGAGCAGCUACAAACACGAGUUGCCGCCCUCGAAACUGAAACGACUCAGCUGCGCGACACGCACAAGCGGCAGCUGGAGGAGCUGGAGCGCCUGUCGGAGGAGGAGAAGGCCGGCCUGGUCCAGGAGCUGUCACGCGCGAAGCAAGAGGCGCUGCGCGUGCUGGAGCAGGAGCUGGAGUCGCGGCUGGCCGAGGAGUGGGGCCGCCGGCUGCACCUGCGCGAGGAGGAGCUGCGCGCCGAGAUUCGCGAGAAGGAGAGCCAGCUGGAGCUGGCGGCCGAGGAGCAGCAGCUGGCGGCCAGCGCCGCCGCCGCCGGCGGACACCAGACGGCCCAGCGGGCGGAGCUCAUAGACACCAUCGACGGUCUGCGCACCGACCAGAUGGCGCUGGAGUCGCGGCUGCAGGGCUGCCAGCAGGCGCAGGCGCAGGCCGAGGCCCGACUGGAGCAGGCGCAGGUGCAGAUGGAGGAGGCUCGGAAGGAGGCCGAGGCUCGGAUUGAAGAGGCUCGGAAGAAGGUCGAGGCUCGGAUGGAAGAGGCUCGGAAAGAGGCCGAGGCUCAGGUGGAGGAGGCCCGAAAGGAGGUCGAGGCUCGUGUGGAGGGGGCUCGCAGCUCGGCUCUGGAGGAGGCUCGGAAGGAGGCUGAGGCUCGGGUGGAAGAGGCUCGGAAAGAGGCCGAGGCUCAGGUGGAGGAGGCUCGGAAGGGAGUCGAGACGCGACUUGAAGAGGCUCGGGUGGGGGAGGCUCGCAGCUCGGCUCUGGAGGAGGCACGGAAGGAGGCUGAGGCUCGCAUGGAAGAGGCGCGGAAGGAGGCUGAGGCUCGGGUGCAAGAGGCGCGAAAGGAGGCCGACGCCCGGGUGGAGGAGUUGGACCGGCAGCGGCAGGCGGCUGUGGAGGAGUUGGACCGGCAGCGCCAGGCAGCUGUGGAGCUGUCGCUCCAGACUUCCAGCCAGGAGAACAGUGCCAGGCUGGAAUCUCAGGCGCAGGCGGACGAGCUGCAGCGCCGUCUGACCAGCCUGAGCGAGGAGCAGGCUGCCACGCUGGCCGAGCUGGAGGCGGAGCGCGGCCGCGGCGCCGCUGACCGCCAGGAGCGCCAGCAGCUGCAGCUGCGCACCGAGAAGCUGUCGGGCGUGGUGCGCUCGCUCGAGGAGAGCCUGCGCGAGCUGACUGAGCAGUGUGGCCGCGACGCAGAGGUCCGCGCCGCCGCCGCCGCCGCCACGGCCGCUACGCCCGCCGCGCCCGCUGGCAGCCAGCUGGAUGAGCUGACCACGCUGCUGGACGACAACGCGGCGCGGCUGGCCGGCGUCACUGAGGAGGUGGGCGCGCUGCGGCUGGCCAAGCAGCAGCUGGAGGCUGAGGCGCUGCGCACGGCGCGCACGGACCUGGACGACGCACUGCGCACGGCGCGCAGCGAGCUCGAGUCGACGGUAAGCGACAUCAGCGACUUUGACGAGGUGUCCGAGGGUUACAGGACCGAGGCUGAGCGCCAGCGCGCCGAUGAGCUGCACGAGUCCAACGAGAGGCUGGCGGCACGCCUCUUCCAGAUGGAGAAGAUCGCGCUGCGCGUCGAGCUGGCGGAGAACGAGAACGAAAACCUGAAGAGCGAGCUGGCGUACGAGCGCGAGCGCGGCAAGAAGCAGCGCGACCGUGUCAAGCAGCUCAAGAGCUUGCACGAGGUGACCAAGGACGAGGUGAGCGGUAUGCAGGCCGACUUCAGUCUCGUGCACGAUGAGAUGGGCAAGAUCCGCGCCACGCUGACGGCGCGGCUGGAGCGCGUGCAGGAGCAGAACCGCUCGCUGGAGCUUCUACAGUCCAAGCUGGAUCAGGCGAUGCGCGAAAAGAGCGCGCUCAAGGAGCAGCUGGAGAGCGGCAUCGAGCGCAAAGAGCGUGAGCAGGCGCAGAUGCUACAGGCGCUGGACAAGCUGGGAAACGAGAUCGAGACGUACAAGACGGAGUGGGACGCGGUCGACGGCGUCGACACAUCGUCACCGGAGGGCAGCGAGGCCGGCGAGGACCAGGUGGUGGCGCUGCGCCAGGAGGUGGGCGGCUUGCAGAAGGUGUCGGAGACGUACCGCCUUCAGAUGGCCGGCCUUCAGGCCGAGGUGGAGGAGGCGGCGCGACAGCGUCAGCUGCUCGAGCUGGAGAAGAAGUGCCUGCAGGACCGGCUGCAGCAGCAGCUGCGCGACAAGGAAGACGUGUCGCUCAAGAUGGACGCGCUAUGUUCCGACACGAACUCAGUGCUCGUGCAGCUGCGCGAGGAGAACGGCCAGCUGCGGGCGCGCGCCGAGGCCGAGCAGGCGCGCAGUGCACAGCUGGCUGCCCAGCUGGCGGAGGUCGAGCGCGACCAUAAGCAGGUGAGCCGCCAGAUCGAGGACGCCGGCCUGGAGAAGGACACGCUGGCGACGCGCAUCGCCCUGUUCAAGACCCAGCUGAAGGAGCAGGCCGAACUGAUCGACUGCUACAAGUACGAGGUGGGGACGCUGAAGCAGAACUACGACAACCUCGACUCGGAGGUGAAGCGGCAGGAGGAGCUGGCGACCUCGCUGCGAGCCAUCAACGAGGAGAUCGAUAGGAAGUUGAGCGCCGAAAAAGAGCUUAAAAAAAACUUCGAGGACAAACUCAGUCAGAAGCUGACAGAAAUGGCGCAGCUUCAAGCUAGUCAUGACGCGCUCAGGGGUAAGAAUGCGUGCUUAGAGGAGCAGUUAGCGAGUGCGAGUGUUGAGUCUGAAGUCCCUCCCUUAGUUAAAGUGCUGCGGGGGGAGAAGGAGGCGUUGUCAAGCCAGCUGGAGGGCUGUGAGGAGCGGUGGCGGGCCGCGUCUGCCGAGCUGCUGCUCCAGCAGACGCGUCUGCACGAGUCAGAGCGGCAGAACGCUGACUGCCAGCGUCAGGUGGAGUCCGUGACGCAGCUGAAGGAGGUGCUGGAGACACGCUGCUCGGAGGCGGAGCAGGAGGCGGCUGCGCUGAAGAAGAAGCUGGAGGAGGCCCACGUGGAGAUGAUUCAUCUCAAGGCGCUGCAGAGCGCGUCCGAGGACAGGGUGGAGAAGCUGACGCAGGACGUUCUGAACCAGGCAUCUGGGCUGGCGCUGCAGGACGAGGUAAUCGUGGAGAAAGGCAGGGAGCUGACCGAGCUCACUGUCAAGUCUCUGGACCAGGCUGCUGAGAACGCCGGUGUUCGCGGCUCGCCGCCCCUGCAGGGCGUCCAGCUGGAGCGCAGCCGACUGAACGCCGAGUUCGAGGCGCUGCAGCUGGUGUACGAGAAUACGUCCAUGACGCUGGAGGCCAGCUCUGAGCGGCUCAAGCGCGCGGAGGACGACCGGGCGCACCUGCGCCGCGUGGUGGACAACCAGCGCGACGAGCUGGCUGGCAAGAGCGAGGAGUUCGAGGAGCGGCUGCAGGAGUACCUGCGCGAGAUCACCAACAAGAACGAGGAGAUCACCGUCUUCCUGACCGAGCUGAAGCAGAACCAGGACGAGAUGGACGACGCCAAGGCGAGCGUCGGCCAGCUGCAGGACAUCAUCCGCACCAAGGAGAGCACGCUGCGCACGCUCAGCGCCGAGCUGGCCACCGCCAAGAGUCGGGCGCAGACGCAGAACGAGCGCUUCCUGGCGCGCGAGGCCGAGCUCACGCGCAAGCUGCAGGAGGAGAAGGAGAUGUUCAUCAGCCAGCUGACGGAGGUGCGCGAGACGAUGCGCUCCUCCAUCGGCACCAUGCAGGCCAAGAUCCAGCAGCUGAACGAGCUGCUCAAGAGCCAGGAUCUGAAGCACCACGUGGAGCUGAGCCGCGUGCGCUGCGAGUACGAGCAGCAGCUGGACGAGCUGCAGCAGGCGCUGGCGGGCGUGCGCAGCCAGUGCGAGCUGGCCAUCGACGAGCUGAUCUCAUCGCACCGGAGCCAGCUGGACGAGCUGACGCACCAGCGCAGCGAGCGCGCCCUGGCCGAGGAGCACCGCGAGGAGCUGGCGGCGCUGGUGCGCAGCCAGAGCUACCGGGCCGAUUCGACGCCCGAGAGGGAGGAGUGCCUAGAGAAGUCGACGAGAUCCGGCGACUGGAGGCGUCGGCCGCCGCGCUGCACGCGCGAGUUGGCCGCGCCGAGGAGGCCCGACGGCCAGCGGCAGGCGCAGCUGGCUGAUCUCCAGGACGCUGCCGAUCAGCUGCAGACCAGGUUAGUGGAGGCGGAGCGCGGCGCCAGCCUGCUGCGCGCGAAAGCGGACGUGCAGGCCGAGCGGGAGAAGGACGGCGCCCGCGGCGAAGCUGAGGCGCUGCGCACGGCGCGCACGGACCUGGACGACGCACUGCGCACGGCGCGCAGCGAGCUCGAGUCGACGGUAAGCGACAUCAGCGACUUUGACGAGGUGUCCGAGGGUUACAGGACCGAGGCUGAGCGCCAGCGCGCCGAUGAGCUGCACGAGUCCAACGAGAGGCUGGCGGCACGCCUCUUCCAGAUGGAGAAGAUCGCGCUGCGCGUCGAGCUGGCGGAGAACGAGAACGAAAACCUGAAGAGCGAGCUGGCGUACGAGCGCGAGCGCGGCAAGAAGCAGCGCGACCGUGUCAAGCAGCUCAAGAGCUUGCACGAGGUGACCAAGGACGAGGUGAGCGGUAUGCAGGCCGACUUCAGUCUCGUGCACGAUGAGAUGGGCAAGAUCCGCGCCACGCUGACGGCGCGGCUGGAGCGCGUGCAGGAGCAGAACCGCUCGCUGGAGCUUCUACAGUCCAAGCUGGAUCAGGCGAUGCGCGAAAAGAGCGCGCUCAAGGAGCAGCUGGAGAGCGGCAUCGAGCGCAAAGAGCGUGAGCAGGCGCAGAUGCUACAGGCGCUGGACAAGCUGGGAAACGAGAUCGAGACGUACAAGACGGAGUGGGACGCGGUCGACGGCGUCGACACAUCGUCACCGGAGGGCAGCGAGGCCGGCGAGGACCAGGUGGUGGCGCUGCGCCAGGAGGUGGGCGGCUUGCAGAAGGUGUCGGAGACGUACCGCCUUCAGAUGGCCGGCCUUCAGGCCGAGGUGGAGGAGGCGGCGCGACAGCGUCAGCUGCUCGAGCUGGAGAAGAAGUGCCUGCAGGACCGGCUGCAGCAGCAGCUGCGCGACAAGGAAGACGUGUCGCUCAAGAUGGACGCGCUAUGUUCCGACACGAACUCAGUGCUCGUGCAGCUGCGCGAGGAGAACGGCCAGCUGCGGGCGCGCGCCGAGGCCGAGCAGGCGCGCAGUGCACAGCUGGCUGCCCAGCUGGCGGAGGUCGAGCGCGACCAUAAGCAGGUGAGCCGCCAGAUCGAGGACGCCGGCCUGGAGAAGGACACGCUGGCGACGCGCAUCGCCCUGUUCAAGACCCAGCUGAAGGAGCAGGCCGAACUGAUCGACUGCUACAAGUACGAGGUGGGGACGCUGAAGCAGAACUACGACAACCUCGACUCGGAGGUGAAGCGGCAGGAGGAGCUGGCGACCUCGCUGCGAGCCAUCAACGAGGAGAUCGAUAGGAAGUUGAGCGCCGAAAAAGAGCUUAAAAAAAACUUCGAGGACAAACUCAGUCAGAAGCUGACAGAAAUGGCGCAGCUUCAAACGCGUCUGCACGAGUCAGAGCGGCAGAACGCUGACUGCCAGCGUCAGGUGGAGUCCGUGACGCAGCUGAAGGAGGUGCUGGAGACACGCUGCUCGGAGGCGGAGCAGGAGGCGGCUGCGCUGAAGAAGAAGCUGGAGGAGGCCCACCUGGAGCGCAGCCGACUGAACGCCGAGUUCGAGGCGCUGCAGCUGGUGUACGAGAAUACGUCCAUGACGCUGGAGGCCAGCUCUGAGCGGCUCAAGCGCGCGGAGGACGACCGGGCGCACCUGCGCCGCGUGAGCGAGGAGUUCGAGGAGCGGCUGCAGGAGUACCUGCGCGAGAUCACCAACAAGAACGAGGAGAUCACCGUCUUCCUGACCGAGCUGAAGCAGAACCAGGACGAGAUGGACGACGCCAAGGCGAGCGUCGGCCAGCUGCAGGACAUCAUCCGCACCAAGGAGAGCACGCUGCGCACGCUCAGCGCCGAGCUGGCCACCGCCAAGAGUCGGGCGCAGACGCAGAACGAGCGCUUCCUGGCGCGCGAGGCCGAGCUCACGCGCAAGCUGCAGGAGGAGAAGGAGAUGUUUCAUCAGCCAGCCAAGAUCCAGCAGCUGAACGAGCUGCUCAAGAGCCAGGAUCUGAAGCACCACGUGGAGCUGAGCCGCGUGCGCUGCGAGUACGAGCAGCAGCUGGACGAGCUGCAGCAGGCCUGA